AUGCAGGCGUCACUUCCGUCCUGGAAGGACGCUGCGGUGUACAAGAAACAGAUGCAGAUGCCAUGGCGGUCCAUACAACUUUUGGUGCCUCACAGGUUACGGCGCAAGCUACGGUCAAAGCUACGGAAUCGACAAUCACCUGCUUCAUCCAUCUCAGCCCUCCAAACCUCGUUCUCGCCGUCUGACACGCUACGCUCUCUGCAAAAUCACAAAUGGACGCUCUAUGACGGACAAUGGCUGUUUCUUGCAGUCAUCGGGAUUUUCUCGUUGAGCAUUAUCGAGUCGCCCGGCCCUCUGGUCAAAAUGACUGUUGCUACACUCCUCCUCGCCUCCCUGAUAUUCCCUAUUACGAGACAAUUCUUCCGCCCGUUUAUGCCUAUAGCUGCAUACUUGAUCUGGUUCUACUCCUGCCGGUUCAUACCCGCCGAAUGGAGGCCUCCUAUUUGGGUCAAAGUCCUCCCUGCCCUCGAGAACAUCCUCUACGGCGCCAACCUGAGCAACAUUCUUUCCGCGCACAAGAACACGGCUUUGGAUCUACUAGCCUGGUUUCCGUACGGCCUUGGCCACUUUGGCGCUCCCUUUGUGUGCUCGGCAAUCAUGUUCAUCUGGGGACCACCGACAACGGUCACGGUGUUUGGAUUCUCUUUCGGCUAUAUGAAUCUCAUAGGGGUCAUCACUCAAGUCCUGCUUCCUUGUGCCGCGCCAUGGUAUGAGAACAUGUAUGGGCUGGCUCCUGCCAACUAUUCAAUGAAGGGCUCGCCAGCCGGCCUGGCGCGUAUCGAUGCUUGGCUUGGCUUUGACAUGUAUACAUCAGGCUUCACAGCAUCUCCCAUGGUAUUUGGGGCGUUUCCGUCCCUCCACGCGGCUACCUCGACUCUGGAAGCACUGUUCAUGAGCCACGUCUUCCCGAAACUCACCCCCCUAUUCGCAAUCUACGCCAUGUGGCUAUGGUGGGCAACCAUGUACCUAUCACAUCACUAUGCCGUCGAUCUGGUUGCUGGUAGCAUGCUGGCGGGCGUCAUCUUCUACUUCGCCAAGGCUCGAUUCCUUCCGCGUCUCCAGCCGGACAAGCGAUAUCGAUGGGACUACGACUACAUCGAGGUCGGUGAAUCUCACAAUGACUACGGUUACAAUCUGGCCGGCCUGGCCGAUACUCGGCCGGACAGCGAUGAAUGGACGAUCGGCUCCUCGUCUUCAAUCUCCUCGGGUUCACUGAGUCCAAUCGAGGAGAGUCAGAAUAUCUGGACUGGAGCGUAUUCAAACCACGAAAGAUGA